AUGAGGUGUCGCCGGCCCCUGCGGACCGAGGUGGGCCUGGCCGUAGCCCUGAGCAUCUUCACCCUCCUCCUCCUCCUCUUCAGUCAGCACGUGUCACCACCCACCUUCCAGAGCCUGGAGGAGCCCCAGGGCCACCCCGAGGCUCUGGCCUGGCCGGCCCAGCCCUCCCGCCCACUGCCCAACCCCUGCCGGGCCAACACCUCGGUGGCCGCCCUGCCGAGCUUUGUGGAGCAGCCCCAACAGGUGCGCGACUUCCUGCUGUAUAAACACUGCCGCGACUUCCGGCUCUUACAAGACGUGCCACCGAGCAAGUGCGCGCCGCCCGUCUUCCUGCUGCUUGUCAUCAAGUCCUCGCCCAGAAAUUUCGAGCGCCGGGAGCUGGUGCGGCGCACUUGGGGCCGCGAGCGCCGGGUGAAGGGCGUCCAGCUGCGCCGCCUCUUCCUGGUGGGCACGGCCUCUGACCCCCUGGAGGCCCGCAAGGUCAACCGGCUGCUGGCGAUGGAGGCGCGGGCGCACGGUGACAUCCUGCAGUGGGACUUCUAUGACUCCUUCUUCAACCUCACGCUCAAACAGGUGCUCUUCCUACAGUGGCAGGAGACUCGGUGCACCAAUACCAGCUUCGUGCUCAACGGGGACGAUGAUGUCUUUGCACACACCGACAACAUGGUCUCCUACCUGCAGGACCACGAUCCUGACCACCACCUCUUUGUGGGGCAGCUGAUCCGCAACGUGGGCCCCAUCCGGAUUCCCUGGAGCAAGUACUACGUGCCAAAGGUGGUGACAGAGGAGGAGCAUUACCCGCCCUACUGUGGGGGUGGUGGCUUCCUACUGUCCCGUUUCACGGCCACCGCCCUGCGCCGGGCUGCCGCCACAUUGGACCUCUUCCCUAUCGACGAUGUCUUCCUGGGCAUGUGCCUGAAGCGGGAAGGCCUGGAGCCCGCCUCCCACAGCGGAAUCCGCACAGCGGGUAUUAGGGCCCCCUCGGCCCACGUGUCCUCCUUUGACCCCUGCCUCUACCGGGAGCUGUUGCUCGUGCACCGCUUCUUGCCGUAUGAGAUGCUGCUCAUGUGGGAUGCGCUGAGCCAGCCCGACCUCACCUGCGGCAGGCAGACACGGAUCUACUAGGUGGGAUCAGGGCCCCCAGCCUCUAGGCUCUGAUCUCCACGCCCGUGGAAAGGGGCAGCAUCUUCCACCACACAAGGGGAAAUCUCGAUUCUCCUCUAAGCGAGUCAGGCAUCGGGCAGUGCCAGGGAGGGUUUGAUGAGUGCCUAGUCUAGCUGGCGAACUCCUAGACUUGCCAAACCCACCUGGUACCUGAACCCACGUUCCCUCGUCCUCCCUAGACUCUCAGCUGAAGGGACCAGCUCUUUCCGUGGCAGCUAAUUGCAGAGGCCCCUCUGCUGGCCUUGCAGUUGCUGCUCCUGCAUCAAUGCCAUUUGAGCCAAGGUCCCAUUUCCCAGCUCUGACCUUGAUUGCGGGCUGGGCCUUAAAGGGUGGCCAGCCCCUCCUUGAUCAUACUCCUAUAAUGGUGAGUUCCAGCCAUGGUUCAAGGUCAGUUGGGAACUUGUGGGUCCAUUUGCAGCUGAAGUGAGCCGUACUUUUCAGCCUGGGAAAGGAGUUUUGUUCUCAGCCUCUCUCCCGGUCUCCGCCCACCUGAGACGGUGGAAGGGGCCAGAGAAGCCACGAGUGGGACUGCCCCCUCCCUGCUUCUGGUAUCAAGUACUCUAAUGGUGGAAGCACUGGGCAGAGGAGGGGGGCGGCUGUCCGACUCAGGCUUUGCCAGCUCAGAGUUUCUGGAGUCCCUGACAGGGCCCAACCCCCCACCACUUGUGCUCCCCAAGAAUUCAGGGAAUGAUGCUGGGGUCAGAGGGUCUUCACUGGGCCCAAGGUCAGCACACACACUCACCCCGGUGCCCAGAGAAGGGAGAGAUUCAGGUCCUUGGGUGCCUCUGAGCUCUGGGGACCCAGGACUGCCCCCCCCCUCAGUAUGUCUUUCAGAUUGGGGAGAUCCAAGCAAAAUGGUGACUCCCCGCCCCCCACACACCCCUGCUGGCUCUGGGUGGAUGUCUGCAGCCUGGGCUUCACAGGCAUUGGAGUAGUGCUUGGGACAUGGGGACAGGGGGACCUCAGAUAGCAGAAUGAUCACUGGGAAGUGGGUAC